UUUCUUAUUUUAAUUAUUCAAAACCCUUUUAAUCAUUAGCCUUAGAUUUACAAAGCAACACUAGAAUACGGUAGGUCGAUUAUUGGUCCUUUGGGUUCGAUAUCUUUUAAAACUACACGACACGACUGUAUACUUGCGGUCAUUGUCGCGUCACACGACCAAGUUUUUGGCGCCGUUGCCGGGGACCAAUUUAGUCGAUAUCGUAACUCCAGUGUUACACCGUAGAGACUAAGGCAAUUUUAUUUUAUUUUUAUUUUACCCCGAUUAGUUCGUUUGUUGCAUGCCAAGCACUCGCUCUAGAGGCGAAAGAUUGGUGCAACUAGUUAGCGAACCCGAACGUCUUUUAAGACGUAAAAAUUUAGAAAAUCAAUUAGAGAUUCCUCUUCCUGAUAUAGUUAACGAACCAGAUAUGGCUGAAGGACCGCAAAACCGUCCACUUAAGUCAUACGCUAUUCCUUCGCAAGCUGAACCUCACAAUAGCAUCGCUGCCCCCGCUAUUGAAGCAAAUAACUUUGAGCUUAAACCUUCAUUGUUGUCGGCCGUACAACAAAACCAAUUCUCCGGAAACCCCACGGACGACCCUAAUUUACAUUUGUCCAUAUUCUUGCAAUACGCGGAUACCGUGAAGGCAAAUGGUGUCAGUCCCGAAGCUAUAAGACUUCGUUUAUUCCCAUUCUCAUUAAGGGAUAAAGCUAGAGCCUGGCUCCAGUCCCUACCAUCCAACUCAGUCGCAACAUGGGAUGAGUUGAAGAAAGUCUUUUUAGCAAGAUAUUUCCCGCCUAGCAAAACUGCUAUGCUAAGAGCCCAAAUCAAUGGAUUUAGACAAAGAGACAACGAAUCUCUCUUCGAAGCAUGGGAAAGAUAUAAAGAAAUGAUUAGGAUAUGUCCUCAUCAUGGGCUCGAAAAUUGGCUAAUUAUCCACACCUUUUACAAUGGUCUCUUGUAUAAUACAAGAAUGACAAUAGACGCCGCAGCUGGUGGCGCACUUAUGGAUAAACCAUACAACCAAGCCUAUCAGCUUAUCGAGAGCAUGGCUCAGAACCAUUAUCAGUGGGGAAACGAGAGAACAACAGUAGAGAAACCUCAAACGAAAGGUGGAAUGUACGAAAUCAGUAACAUGGACCACAUCAACGCCAAGUUAGAUGCCUUAACUCAAAAGAUAGAGAGUCUAACCAACGCACCCAAAGCCACCGUGGCUGCAACAAUACAAAAUUGUGAGUUGUGCGGAGCUCAGGGUCAUACAAUCGCUGAAUGUCGACUUCUAACCGAAGCUCCCAACGACCAAGUGAAUUACACUCAAGGGAACUCUUACAACCAAAACCAAAGAAAUCACCCGUACCUUUCGUACAAUAGCAACAACGCUUUAUAUGCACCUGGCCAAGCACCUACUCCUUCGCCACCAGGAUUCCAAAAACCUGCUCAAAAUGCUCCUAUGAAGUCAAACCUUGAAUUGAUGAUGGAGAACUUCAUAGCCAUACAAACUCAAACUAACAAGGAAGUCCUAAAUCAAAACAUACACACUAAUGAGCAAAUUAAGCAAUUAACAAGCAGGCUAGAUGUCUUAACCACUCACAAUAAGAUGUUAGAAACACAAAUCGCACAAGUGGCACAACAACAAGCAUCUACCUCUGCUCCUGCAGGCAUAUUUCCUGGCCAGCCUCAGCCAAACCCUAGGGGACAUGUGAAUGCUGUUAUAUUACAAAGUGGGACACAAUACGAUGGACCGGCUGAUCCUAGAACUAAAAAUCCUGCCAUGCAACCCAAUUCUGAUAAGACAACCGAGAAGGAGAGUGAACCAAAAGAAAAGGAGGAUAGUGGAGAGGAAACCCAAGAGAAAGAGAAACCUUACGUUCCUCCCCCACCAUAUAAACCACCCAUCCCGUAUCCUCAAAGAUUAGUACAAUCCAAAAACGUAGGGCAGUUUAAGAAAUUUGUAGAGCUUCUACAAAAACUAAACAUCACAAUACCUUUUACGGAAGCUAUCACACGAAUGCCCUCGUACGCUAAAUUUCUUAAAGAUAUCUUAACUAAUAAGAAAAAGAUCGAGGAAGAAGAAACCGUUAUGCUUACUGCCGAGUGUAGCUCCAUACUUCAAAAUAAUAUGCCUCCUAAGCUAAAAGACCCAGAAAGUUUUUCCAUACCCUGUGUAAUUGGAAACUAUGUAAUAGAUAGGGCCCUAUGCGAUUUAGGAGCCAGUAUCAGCUUAAUGCCUAUGUCCAUAUGCGAAAAACUUAAUUUAGGAGAAUUGAGACCAACUAAAAUGUCAAUACAAUUCGCUGACCGUUCUGUCAAAUACCCCUUAGGUAUACUAGAAAACGUGCCAGUACGUGUAGGUCAAUUCUAUAUCCCUACCGAUUUUAUAGUCAUGGACAUAAGGGAAGAUUCCAAUACACCUAUCAUUUUAGGAAGGCCAUUCUUAGCAACUGCCGGAGCCGUAAUAGAUGUAAAGGAAGGAAAGCUGACGUUUGUAGUAGGUGAAGAAAAAGUCGAAUUUAUUUUAACGCAACUCAUGAAAGCACCAGCUAUAGACGAUAGUUGUUACAUGGUAGACGUCAUCCAAGAAUGUAGAAAAGAGAGUGAGAAGGAUCAAACUAAACAUUCUGAAAUUUUAAAAACUUCCACCCCUCCAACUCAUAAAAAUGGUGAUGACGACCUAGCUAAAUGUUUAGAGAUUACACAAGUUCCUAAACCUAGCCAUGUUAAACCAACUUUAAAACUAAAAACUCCAUCAAGACUCCAAAAAGGAACCCCUGUGGCUCCGAAUAAAUUAAAAGGUCCCGUUUCUAAGAAAAUACCUCCCGACAUAUUAAAAGACCACCCAGAAAAUAACAUCGCUCAAAAUAAAAUACCCCCGGGUGUCUCUAAGAAAAAGAAAGAAAAAAAGAAGAGAAGACCUAUGAAAUGGUCUGACAUUUUCAAAUGGAGACCCAAGAAUAUUGAGCAUAAUUUAAAAGAUGUGAGUCUAGAGGAGGAACCAUGUUGACCUAUAGGGCUAAAAAGUCGAGCUAACCGACGUUAAACAAAGCGCUGCAUGGGAGGCAACCCAUGAGUUUUCUUUAAUUCUUGUUUAAUUUUUGCUUUCUUUUAUUUUUGAUUUUUUUUUAUGACUAUCUCUGAUGAUCCUGUGACUAAUAGCGCUCCCACGCACAUUUCUCCAAAUGUUGCCGCUGGUGGGGGCGCAAGCAUUGUUCCACCUGCACACACUACACAUUUUUCUAACACUUUUGCAGGUAGUUCCUCCUCAUCAAGGCAAAGCUCCAUCGAUGAUGUACUCCAUGAGAUACGCGCCCAAAACGCACUAAAUCAAGAGCGCGAUGGAUUAUUCUAUGCCAUGCAUCAACAACAAGAGGAGAUGAUGGAACGAAUGAAAUUCAUGCAAGCCCAGCAAGACGAAAUUCUUCAAAACCAACAUGAGAUGCAGGGCUAUUAUCAUAGGUGGGAGAGCUCCGAAGAGCACCGUCAACAACAGCUCGACAAUGUCAUACAAGAGCUAGGCGGUUUGAGGCUUCAGUUCAACAAUUUCCAAAAUUAUCAACAUCCUCCCUCAUGAUCUCUCCACCAGGUUUUGUGCUCCAAAGCUACACUUGAGUCUCAACAGUGAGGACACAGUUGGAUUUAAGUUUAGGGGAGUAUUCUACCAUCCUUACUUUAUUUCUCAGUUAUUUUAUUUUUAGUACAAUUUCCCUUUUCGCAAAUAAAAUAAAAGCACUAUUUUUGGGUAAAUUUUAAAUUUUUCCUUUUCUUGAGCCAAAUUAAAAUUUUUUUCCAAAGACUUUGGAUAAUAGCUCACUUAGAAAGUAUAUAGGUUAAGAAAAGACGAGAGGCUAAGUUAAGGAAAUUAGGGAAUUUUACAACAAAAUCGGUAUUUUUCCAACACCCAGAAGUCUCCCUAGUAUAGAUAUCAAUUUGAAUAACCAUUGUGCCAAAAUCUCUUGAUUUAAAUUUGUGGAAUCCUUUAGUAGUUUAUCUAUCCAGUCGGACACCAUUUAUAAAGUCACACAUUAAGUAAGUUUGUCGAUGAAUAUAAGCGAAUCAUCUAAGCAAAUUUUUAAGGUCAUACUGUGGUAAUACGGUUAAACCUUAAAGAAAAAAUAUAUAAGGUCAUACUGUGGUAAUACGGUUAAACCUUAGAAAAAAAAAUAUAUUUAUAUGAUUGCUAAUACAAAAAUUUGUAUCAUCAAGCUAUUUGCAAGUUGAAAAAGAUGAACAAAGACGCUAACCGGCUUUCUUACCAUGUGUGUGACAUAGAUAAAGGGUCUUAAUGUGACUGUCUAGAAUGAAAAAGGAUGAAACAAAGGAGAAGAUCUAGAUUUUAGUACAAUGGCAUGAUCCAAAUUCGGUAUGUAUAAGUGGGAGAACUUUGUGUGUCGUUGAAAUACCCUUCUUGAUUGUGUAAAGAACCUAACUAAUUAAUCUUAGCCGAUUUGAAUUUCUGACCACGUAUGAGUACUUGUGAUGUUAUUUUUCUCUAUGUCUGUGUGUGUGAGUUGCUUCGCAUUUCAAAUGUUUUCUAUAUGCAAGCUAAAUUGCUUGAGGACAAGCAAUGGUUCAAGUUUAGGGGAGUUUGAUACACCUAAAAAUAUGCUAUUUAUUUAGUUAAUUUACUAUUAUAUUUUAUAUGUUUUUAUUUCGAUUCCGAAGUUUUAUUAUAUAAAUAGUUACUUAUUUCUCGUAUUUUAAAUAAACAGAUAAAAAGUGUACGAGUUGAAGAAAGGAGCAAAAACGAACUAAAAAGGAGCAAAAAUAGACAAAAAGUGCCACACACGUGCAGCACAAGGCCACACGCAUGCAGCCCAACACUUCAUUCCUCCACAAAGCCAUGGCGUCCAUCAUAAGGGACAUGGCGUGCGUCACCAAGGCUAAAUGCCUUUCUACCAACUUGCUGAGAAAGAAAGAAUGUCCAUCCAUUUAUGAUCACACCAUAUGCUGCUCACCAAACAAAUGCAUGUGGCGUUUUCAGCAUGCAUAAAUUUCAAAUCUCGCCACAUUUGUUUAGUCCCACAUCGGCCAAAACAAAUUCUGCACCACUUGUAUUACCCUCUAAAUAUGUGUCCUUUCUUACACUUUAAACACAAAACCAACUGGUAACAGUUGAGGAAGAGAAUUGAGACUAAGAUUUAAUUCUUGAUUUCUUCUCUUAGUUUAAUAUUUUUAUUUCCUACCGUUAUGCUGUCGGAAUCUGUACUCGAGAUUACUUUUUAAUUCAGGUUCUUAUUUUA